UAAAAACAAAACAAAAUACAUGUAGCCUUCUGUAGUGGGUUCAUAAGGAAACAUACACUGUUAGUGUCACUCUAAAUAUGCUACACAAAACGUGGUUUACCUUGAUUACGCCGUUAUAGCCGGCAUAAUGUAAAGCGAGUGUUUUGCUUGACAUUUCAACGCACCAAUCAGCCGCUGAGGAGCUGAUUGAGUCUACUUCCCUACACUGGGAGAGCUGAGGGGAAGCGGACGCACAGCUCGCACGGAUAUCUCAUCAUCAGCCACGGUACACGGUCAGAUCGCCUGUGAGAGACCUCCGGGACACAGCGGGCCAUCGACUUCUCUUUCCCCCCGGUUACGGUGUCUGCUGCAAGGAGAUGGCGGGUAUUUUGGCGUGGUUUUGGAACGAGAGGUUCUGGCUCCCCCACAAUGUAACCUGGGCUGAUUUAAAAAACACAGAUGAAGCAACGUUCCCGCAAGCCGAGGAUCUGUAUCUGGCUUGUCCUUUAGCAUUCUGCAUCUUUAUGAUUCGGCUGGUUUUUGAAAGGUGUAUUGCAAGACCAUGUGCCAUGGGCCUGAAGAUCCAAACCAACGGGCCACAGAAAGCACAACCCAACGCUAUACUGGAGAAGGUUUUCACUGCUAUAACCAAGCAUCCAGACGAGAAAAGGUUGGAGGGUCUGUCCAAACAGCUCGACUGGGAUGUGCGGACCAUCCAGCGCUGGUUCAGACAACGCCGAAACCAGGAGAAGCCCAGCACCCUUGCACGAUUCUGUGAAAGCAUGUGGAGAUUUACAUUCUAUCUAUACAUAUUUACUUAUGGAGUGCGUUUCCUUAAAAAGACUACAUGGCUUUGGAACACUAAAGAGUGCUGGUACAACUACCCUUACCAGCCACUGACUGUGGACAUCCAUUAUUAUUAUAUACUGGAGCUGUCUUUCUACCUGUCCUUAUUCUUUUCACAAUUCACAGACAUCAGGAGGAAGGAUUUCCUGAUCAUGUUCCUGCACCAUGUUGCAACAAUCUCCCUCAUCACCUUUUCCUACGUGAACAACAUGGCCCGAGUGGGAGCGCUGGUCAUGUGUCUCCACGAUGCAGCCGACGUGCUAAUAGAGGCUGCCAAAAUGGCAAACUAUGCCAAAUGUCAGAUACUGUGCAACCUCUUGUUUGCAAUGUUUGCAAUUAUCUUCAUAAGCUCCAGACUGGCAGUGUAUCCUGUUUGGAUUUUAAAUACCACCUUGUUCGAGAGUUGGGAGAUUGUAGGGCCCUACCCGUCAUGGUGGGUCUUCAACCUGCUUCUGAUCUCGCUGCAGCUGCUUCACUCCUUCUGGUCCUACCUCAUAGUGAAGACAGCGUGUCGAGCCAUCUCCAAAGGGAAGGUGGGAAAAUGGAAUCCGUUGCAUGUGUCUAAAGACGACCGCAGCGACAUCGAGUCCAGCUCCGAUGAGGAGGAAACUCCCCCAGCCAAUCACAAACAACACAGCAGCAGCGGCACCGCCAACGGGACCAACAAAAAUCACGGGACCAACGGCUACCUGACAGGGGCCACAUAUACCGACGAACACUGACCAAUCUGAUAUCACAACACUGGAGCCAUGCUACAGACACCAUCCAUCAACCUGUGUGUGUGUGUGUGUGUGUGUGUGUGUGUGUGUGUGUGUGUGUGUGUGUGUGUGUGUGUGUGUGUGUGUGUGUGUGUGUGUGUGUGUGUGUGUGUGUGUGUGGACAUGAACAACAUUGCCUGUCUGGUACUGGAAGUGAAUGCAGUUUUGUUAUCAAUUUCAUUCUUUACUAAUUUCCUUGCUCAAUUGAAUCUCUUUAUCUAUAUAUUUGCAUCAAACUGCACUCAGUGAAAUCAAAGCACUCCUUUCGGUACAACCCACUCUUUGUUUAGCCAAUGAAUAAAAGCAUUUCACCUAAUGGUGUAAGCAUGCUACUUUAACAUACAGUAGUCUGGCAUACUGGGGGUGUGUUUUUUCUUAUGUUUUGUCUUUUGAUGUUAUUUAUUUUUUAUAAAUAUAUUUGCAGAUGGUGAUGCAUCUAUUUUACUUUGACGUUUAGUGUUAAAGAUAAAAUAAUCUUGAAUGAUACGGCUAUUUUUCAUACCACACAUCAUGACGAGUAUUAGCAAAAUGCUAAAGACCUGGGUUUACUUUUAAAGCUAUACCCCCAAAGAUAUGCCAAACAUGUGUGAGAUGCUCACAUUUUAAAACACAUUCUUCACUAAACUGUAUGUGAGAUGUCAAAAACAGUAUUAUGUGUGUGCAUCAGAUAUGGCUAGAUGCUGUUUUUCCUAUUAAAGCAUUUUGUUAAGUAUUCUGAUACAUUUCUGGUAAGCAUUUCAUGAAAGGUCAUUUGUCCUCUUCGGAGGCAGACAUGAGUUGUUUGAGUUAUUCAAUAAUAAAAAAAACAUGAAGAUUGCAAA